UAAGAAUUUGUUUCUUAACUGACUUGCCUAGUUAAAUAAAGGUUAAAAAAAAUGUAUAAGUUAUGUUCUUCUAGAAUCAAUGGCUAAACCUGAACAUUACUGCUUUAUAGGUCCAAACAUUGAUGUAGCCACUGCAGAUUGCCCCUUUGGAGUGAAAAUGGCCACAUCAAAAGAUCAACAUGAUGAUGACUGUGAACCUCGCACUCCUGAACAGUCAACCCCUCUCCUACCCCAGUUGUCACGACUUGAAGAGCUCUCAAACAUCAUUGAAAGCCAAGAACAUAGUAAACAGGAAAUUGAGAAUUUAGCUGGAAUUCUUCGGUCUCUUGCUGAUGAUUUGCAUUGUAAUUUAGAACAGCACUUAAUGAUAGAUAGGCUUGAAGUCAUACAGACAAAUAUCAUGGACAAACUUAGUCCUGGUCAAAAGGAUGGUAGUAGCGUCAUCACUGGAACAAUGAGACAGUUCUACAACAAGGCACUGGAUUCAGUAGGAACAAUCAUCACUAAACUGGCCAAAAAGAUCGGAGUCAACUAUUCAGAGUCAAAUAUGUGUCUCCAAAAAGAGUUUGGCCUUAAAACCAAUAGUCCAAAGGAAUGUUUGAAUUGCAACCAUAUAAAGAGCUCAAUGUCCUGGAUUCAGGUUGAACCUUCCGUGUCUACAGAGGAUGAGACCACCGUCUACACACUUGACUCUUCUGCAGCAGGGCAUUACGAGUGCAUCUUAUCAGGGCUGCGGUGGGUAUGUGAGAGCAAAGUUAGCCUGCGAUACCAGUUCAGCUCCUGGGAGCCUCACAUGGCCACUCUGAACAACAUGCGGUUUGAAGAAGGAGGUCCAUUACUGGACAUCACAAUGAUUUCUGGCAAAUUAGAAGAAAUUCAUCUGCCACACUUUGUCUGUAUAGAUCCAGACUACCCACAAUCCUCCUUGAGAGAAGACAUGAAGGUUCUACAUGUGAAAGACAACAGAGUGCUUCUUGAAGAAGUGGAUGAGGUGACGCGGUUCCAUGCCAAACUGCUUCAUCCCUCCUUCUCUGGCAGGGGUUUGGUACUGAGACGUGGGUUGCAUUGGAGAGUGCACUGUGACCUUCUGAUCUUUAGGUCCACCAGAGCACUCCUCACCUUACACACAUAUCUGAUCCGAUGUGAUCCUUCUCUAGCACGGGAGGUGGAGGCACAGGAGAAGUCAUAUGGAUUCUUAAGACUUCCAAAGCCAAAGCCGGAGAAGUCUCUUUGGAAGGGGAGUCGCUUCACCCUCAAGACCUCGUGUCAAUCCUCGAUUACGCCACAAAAGAUCAAGCUGAGAAGCACCAGGCCCAACUACUUUGAGGUGUACAUAAAGGACGCUGCGAUGAACUUUGAGAUGGAGUUGAUAAGUGAGACGGGAGAAUCUGCAUGGAAAGCUGAAAUACGAACAGAGGAAUACAGAGAUGAUUCAUCCACAAGAGACAUUGAGUUUGUAGAUGACUUCAGACCACAGCUCAUUCAAAAAGUCAAUAAUGUGUCUGCCAUAGCAGAUAUUCUCUUCACAAAGGGCAUGAUCGGUGAAGAGAUAAAUGCAAAUAUCAGCGCUGCACCGACCCGCCAGGCCAAGAUGAGAGUGAUAUACGAGGCACUGAAUUCAGGUGGACCACACGUCAAAGCUGCAUUCUUUACUGCACUCAAAGAAAAGGAACCCUUUCUAGUCAAAGACUUGGAUAAAUAAUACCUUAUCGCUCAAUCUCUCAUUCUUAUACCAAGACACUUUAAGCAGGGCGGAGGAAAGAGUGAUAAGAACUAAGAAAGAAGAGACUUUUCAGGGUUAGAAUCCUUGAACAAAAAGACCUAAAAUGGUUCUCACAUUUCUAAAUGUUUUAAAAUUGAACCUUUAUUUAACUAUGCAAGUCAGUUAAGAACACAUUCUUAUUUACAAUGACAGCCUACCGGGGAACAGUGGGUUAACUGCCUUGUUCAGGGGCAGAACGACAGAUUUUUACCUUGUCAGUUCGGGGAUUCGAUCCAGCAACCUUUCAGUUACUAGCCCAACUCUCUAACCACUAGGCUACCUGCCGCCCAAAGCUGACAUUAAAAGGUCAACUUUGGCGACGAAAACUGUCAAACUCCGCCCCUUUCUCAAUGUUCGAACAGAAACGGGGUGUGCCUUUGGUGGUGCCUUUGGUCUUCUGUAACCAAAUGUAGUAUUCAUCCAUUUAAUUUUUUAAGCAUUAAAUGAAGUUGUAUGAUGGUGCAUUGAUCAGUUACACAGUUUAACUGCAUUCUUUGAGUUUUUUCCCCAAAGUCGACCUUUAAAAAUGGGACAUCGAGGUGAUGAACUAGACACAAAACUACGAUGACAAACUGCAGUGUACCAAGUCUGUUUUAACAUAUUACCUUGUAUAAAUAUGAUUUACAUUUCAAUUUUCACUGUAUUACAUAUUCAUUUCAUUAGAUUUUCAUUGUAUUACAUUUCAUUGUAUUUGUUGUUAAUCAUGUAUUGGAUCAAUGAAAGAUUUACCACAGUAUUAUCUCUACUGUAUGCAUAUGAUGUAGCCUAUCUCUAUGUAUAGUAUCAACCUAAAAACCUGUGGACACAUCCAGAACUUUUUGCAGUACCAUUGAGUCUGAUUCCUAAUAUAGAAAAAUAUGUACAAAAUGUCUCUGUGUGCUAAAUCUACAAGUAUGAUGGCAACAUAUAUCCUAAAGGUUAGCUUAACAAAUCGCUAUCGUUCUCUAACAUGCAAAGUCUUACAUAAGGUGUUUCUGAGUGAGUGACCGUGUAAGACAAAAGGAAUGUGUCAACAAAUGACCAAGUCAACAACCAGCGGCUUUUUAACAUUUCUGUGGGAUACAAACGGUUAUACAGACAUUACCUGUAUAUAGUGCAUCCAAAGGAAAAAACAAACAUUUGAUUUUUAAAAAAAGAAGACAUUUCAUUACACAACAAGACAUCUGGAGAGGUUGUCUCCUAGACCAAACAGCCUGGACCAGACAUCUGGGGAGGUUGUAUCCUAGACCAAACAGCCUGGACCAGACAUCUGGGGAGGUUGUAUCCUAGACCAAACAGCCUGGACCAGACAUCUGGGGAGGUUGUAUCCUAGACCAAACAGCCUGGACCAGACAUCUGGGGAGGUUGUAUCCUAGACCAAACAGCAUGGACCAGACAUCUGGGGAGGUUGUAUCCUAGACCAAACAGCCUGGACCAGACAUCUGGGGAGGUUGUAUCCUAGACCAAACAGCAUGGACCAGACAUCUGGGGAGGUUGUAUCCUAGACCAAACAGCAUGGACCAGACAUCUGGGGAGGUUGUAUCCUAGACCAAACAGCCUGGACCAGACAUCUGGGGAGGUUGUAUCCUAGACCAAACAGCCUGGACCAGACAUCUGGGGAGGUUGUAUCCUAGACCAAACAGCCUGGACCAGACAUCUGGGGAGGUUGUAUCCUAGACCAAACAGCCUGGACCAGACAUCUGGGGAGGUUGAAUCCUAGACCAAACAGCCUGGACCAGACAUCUGGGGAGGUUGUAUCCUAGACCAAACAGCAUGGACCAGACAUCUGGGGAGGUUGUAUCCUAGACCAAACAGCCUGGACCAGACAUCUGGGGAGGUUGUAUCCUAGACCAAACAGCCUGGACCAGACAUCUGGGGAGGUUGUAUCCUAGACCAAACAGCCUGGACCAGACAUCUGGGGAGGUUGUAUCCUAGACCAAACAGCCUGGACCAGACAUCUGGGGAGGUUGUAUCCUAGACCAAACAGCCUGGACCAGACAUCUGGGGAGGUUGUAUCCUAGACCAAACAGCCUGGACCAGACAUCUGGGGAGGUUGUAUCCUAGACCAAACAGCCUGGACCAGACAUCUGGGGAGGUUGUAUCCUAGACCAAACAGUCUGGACCAGACAUCUGGGGAGGUUGAAUCCUAGACCAAACAGCCUGGACCAGACAUCUGGGGAGGUUGUAUCCUAGACAAACAGCCUGGACCAGACAUCUGGGAAGGUUGUAACGUAGGCUAAACAGCCUGGAGCAGACAUCUAGGGAGGUUGUAUCCUAGGCUAACCAGCAUGGACAAGAGGCAGGGGACAGUCAGGGCUAGACAGAACAAACACGUUAUCCUCCCAUGUUAUCUUGAUCCUUCUGUGGAUAAAUUAAUAAACAUUUACAGUCCAAGUA